UUGCGAUGAGCAGCAGAAAGAGGCGUCUGUAUAAAUAAGAUUUCAAAAUCAGCUUUUAAUCAGUUUUCUCACAAUAAAUGACUAGAAAUACCCGACUCAGUUAAAACAAUAGUGCAGACAGAUUUUAAUAAUUCAUUACAUCAAAACUGCAAUAAAAAGAUAACGUUCAUCAUAAUAUUAAUCGUACAAUGAAUGUACACAAAAGAUCAUACUAGUUAAGUGAGAUGACCCUGCUUAUUAUUAAACGUAUUGAUCUUUAUAUUUCUUUUCAUAUCCGGGUAUAAAUCAAAAAUUUGAAUGUUGUCUGAAUGAUAAGUAAUUAUCAUAAAUCAUACAGAUUCGAUUCUGUAGGAUUUCAUGAAUAUUGGAUCAAUGAGACGUUUAUAAACGUUUAGCAGUCGAAUGUUUUUAUGAAGCAAACUUUCUAUCAUUAUUUCGCUGAUACGCUUUCAGGACAAUAUGCCGAAAAAAGUCGCUGUUGUAACUGGAAGUAACAAGGGUAUAGGAUUUGCGACUGUAAAGGCGCUUUGUUCGAAAUUUGAUGGGGAUGUCAUAUUAACAGCAAGAGAUGAAUCUCGCGGAUGGACAGCGGUGAAAACUCUUGAAGCUGAUAACUUGUAUCCUAAGUUUCACUUGCUUGAUAUAACUUGUGCAAAAAGUAUCAAAAGAUUGGCCUCUUUUCUGAAACAUGAAUAUGGCGGUUUGGAUAUUUUGGUAAACAAUGCUGCAAUAGGUUACUUGCCAGGGGAUUCAACACCCAUGCUCGAGCAAGCAACAAAAACAAUCAAUGUAAAUGUUUUCGGGACUAUAAAUGUUUGCAAAGAGAUGUUUCCUCUGCUAAGACAACAUGCAAGGAUAGUAAACCUGAGCAGUUCAACAGGUCAACUGUCAAAUAUAUCCAAUGAUGUACUUCGAGCUAAGUUCUUAGCUGCGGACACAGAGGAAGAUAUUUACGUCUUGAUGGAAGAAUAUAUUAAAGACGUUAAGAAUGGAGUGUAUGAAGAAAACGGCUGGGGAAGCAUUUCUUAUCAAAUAUCGAAGAUAGCAAUUACCGCUCUGACUUUUAUUCAGCAUCGACGCUUCAUGGAACAUCCAGAACAGGACAUCAUCGUGAACGCAGUUCACCCCGGUCGUACCAGAACGGAUCUGGUAAAGAAUGACGGUCCCUUAACACCAGAUCAAGGAGCCAUUGUUCCUGUUUACUGUGCCCUUUUACCGCCAAAUAUCACAAUUCCACGAGGACAAUUUGUAUGGUGUGAUAAAAGUAUUAAAAAUUGGAUUUAAAAAAUGAA